AUGGCCGCGGCGGUGGCAGUGGCGGCCGCAUCCAGGCGGCAGUCGUGCUACUUGUGUGACUUGCCCCGUAUGCCCUGGGCCAUGAUUUGGGACUUCACCGAGCCCGUGUGCCGCGGCUGCGUCAACUACGAGGGCGCCGACCGCGUCGAGUUUGUCAUCGAGACCGCGCGGCAGCUCAAGCGGGCGCACGGCUGCUUCCAGGAGGGCCGCUCCCCACCCGGCGCCGCUGCCCCGGCCGCCGCUAAGCCGCCGCCGCUUUCGGCCAAGGACAUACUCCUGCAGCAGCAGCUCAGCCACGGCGCGCCCGAGGCGGCCCCGCGAGCCCCGCAGGCCUUGGAGCGUUAUCCGUUGGCCGCCGCCACCGAGCGGCCCCCGCGCCUCGGCUCCGACUUCGGCGGGAGCCGCCAGACUGGGGGCCUGACCCAGCCGCCGACGCCGCAGCCGCCGCCCGUGAACGGCAUCCUGGUGCCCAAUGGCUUCUCCAAGCUGGAGGAGCCUCCGGAGCUGAACCGCCAGAGCCCGAACCCACGGCGCGGUCACGCCGUGCCUCCCACCCUGGUGCCGCUCAUGAACGGCUCGGCCGCGCCGCUGCCCGCCGCCCUCAGCCUCGGCAGCCGCGCCGCCGCCGCCUCGCUAGCCGCGUCCGUGUCGAGCAGUGCGGCCGCCGAGCACGAGCAGCGAGAGGCAGCGGCCAAGGAGAAGGCGCCACCGCCUGCGCACCGGGGCCCGGCUGACAGCCUCUCCGCCGCGGCCGGGGCGGCCGAGCUGGGCGUGGAGAGCGCGGGCAAAGGCCGUGGGCCCGGCGAACAGGACUGGGUCAACAGGCCCAAGACCGUGCGUGACACGCUGCUGGCUCUGCACCAGCAUGGCCACUCGGGGCCCUUCGAGAGCAAGUUUAAGAAGGAGCCGGCCCUGACUGCAGGCAGGUUGCUGGGUUUCGAGGCCAACGGGGCCAACGGGUCUAAAGCAGCUGCAAGAACAGCAAGAAAGAGGAAGCCUUCUCCAGAACCCGAAGGUGAAGUUGGGGCUCCAAAGAUCAAUGGUGAGACCCAGCCGUGGCUGUCCACAUCAACCGAAGGGCUCAAGAUCCCCAUGACUCCCACAUCCUCUUUUGUGUCUCCACCCCCACCCACCGCCUCACCUCAUUCCAACCGGACCACACCGCCUGAAGCAGCCCAGAAUGGCCAGUCCCCCAUGGCAGCCCUGAUCUUAGUAGCAGACAAUGCAGGUGGCAGUCAUGCCUCAAAAGAUGCCAACCAGGUUCACUCCACCACCAGGAGGAAUAGCAGCAGCCCACCUUCUCCAUCCUCAAUGAACCAAAGAAGGCUGGGCCCCAGAGAUGUGGGGGGACAAGGAGCAGGCAGCACGGGAGGACUGGAGCCCGUGCACCCUGCCAGCCUUCCGGACUCCUCUCUGGCAGCCAGUGCGCCCCUGUGUUGCACCCUCUGCCACGAGCGGCUGGAGGACACACACUUUGUGCAGUGUCCCUCCGUCCCUUCCCACAAGUUUUGCUUCCCCUGCUCCAGACAAAGCAUCAAACAGCAGGGAGCAAGUGGAGAGGUCUAUUGUCCCAGUGGGGAAAAAUGCCCGCUUGUGGGCUCCAAUGUCCCCUGGGCCUUUAUGCAGGGGGAAAUUGCCACCAUCCUGGCCGGAGAUGUGAAAGUGAAAAAGGAGAGAGACUCUUGA